AUGUGGUUACAAUUCUUUUUGUUGCUGUUUUACAUACCCUUUCCGGUCCUCGCCGCGGGCCAUCAUCACUCUCAUUUACACUCCCAACAUUCUCAUCAUCUUGGUCAUAAACGCGCUUCCAACAGUUCUUCUCAUGAUCUGGAUGCUGCGCGUAAGCUCUUAGCCGCUGGUCAAGCUGCCAUGGCUCAUGCAAACAGCGCUAUUGUUCAGAACCCUCGUCCAAACCGUUUGGAAGUGCUAAACUCUACCGAGCUUAGAAAGGCUCAAAAAGCUCCUCCUCCACUUGAUUAUCGCAACGUCACUGCAAAGACACUCCAGGCCAGAGGUUCAGAAAAUGGAACCUCCAAAGACUUUCGUUAUUCUGUUCCUGAUGAGCUUAUCCAGGCUGCACGUCUUCUUUCAGAGAACUGGAAGCCAUCAUCUAAAGACUUGGAUGGUGGCUACGCUGCUGAUGUUCAACACUUGAAGGACACCUUCUUGUAUAAGAACAAUGACACCAACAUGAUGCCUCCCAUGCUUCAGUAUGGUUCGGGCUUGAUCGAACCUAUCCAUGAGCCGCCGUCUGCUUUUCGCUACAGUGAAAAUGAGACCGAUGUCACUGAGAACGUCGAUGCCAAGGACAAGGAACUUCACAAGCGAGCCAGUUCUGACUGGUGGAUGGCGACUAUCUCCCAGCGAGGCUCUAGUCCGUUUGCGCCAGCUGGAUACCAAGUUUGGCGAGAUGUCAAAGAGUUCGGUGCCAAAGGUGACGGUGUUGCUGAUGAUACUGAUGCCAUCAACAAGGCUAUCUCAAGCGGUGGCCGAUGUGGUAGAGGAACAUACAAAGUCAGCUCGUCCAUCAUCCAGUAUUACAAUACCGAGAUAAUCAGCAACCCACUUGACCUUCCCACCAUUAUUGCAGCGCCCAGUUUUGUUAGUCUUGGUGUUAUUACUUCCAAUGUUUAUACAGGAGAGACUUCAGAAUGGUAUCUCAACCAGAACAACUUUCUUCGAAGUGUCCGCAACUUCAUCAUUGAUGUCCGUCCAACUCCUGCUGAUGCCCAAGCUUGCGGAAUCCACUGGCAGGUUGCUCAGGGUACUUCACUUGAGAACAUCCACUUCUAUAUGACGAAGUUCAAGGAUGAUCCCAAGACAACGCAGCAGGGUAUCUACAUGGAGAACGGAAGUGGCGGCUUUCUUUCCGACCUUUGGUUCGUCGGUGGAAAGUUCGGAGCAUACAUGGGCAACCAGCAGUUCACAGCUAGUGGCCUUUACUUCGAAGAGGCUGAGACGGCCAUCCAGAUCCACUGGGACUGGGGAUGGACUAUGCAGAACAUUGUUAUUAAUAACUGCAAGACUGGUCUCACCAUCGUCGGCGGCGCAGGAGGUCCAAUGAGUACCGGCCAAGGAAUCGGCUCUCUUCAUUUGACCGACCUACGCUUCCAUUAUGUCCAGGUUGCUGUCUCAACCUCGGUGAUGGCUGACAACUCAACCGCCUUGCUGCUGAGCAACUCUGGUUUCUACAACGUGGAUACCAUUGUUGAAGACACCUCCAAGAAGCAAGUCCUUCUAAAAGGCGGUAAAGGAACUGUCAACGUUGAUACUUGGGGUUUUGGGAGAGUCACCAGCGCCAACGGUACCACUGCCUUCCACAAUGGCGCCAACCUUGACAGCCCUGUCAGAAACGAGUCUCUUGUUACUGGUGGACGCAAGCAAUUUUUUACCAGACGCCGUCCUAAGUAUGAUGACUUGGGCUUCAGUCAGAUUCUCGACGCCAAGGCGUAUGGGGCCCAGGGUGAUGGCAAGACUGAUGACACUGCUGUUCUGAACCAUCUCUUUUCCGCUGCUGCGAACAUGUCUGCGAUUAUAUACGUUCCGUUCGGAGUGUAUAUUAUUUCGGAUACUGUUGAGAUUCCAGUUGGAGCGCGUGUUAUUGGUCAAGCUUGGCCUCAGAUCAUGGCGACGGGGUCAAAGUUUGCAGAUGCUCUCAAGCCUCGCGUUGCAGUUCGUGUCGGUCUGUCCGGCCAAGUUGGUGUCGUGGAGAUCCAGAACAUGAUAAUGACUGUCAAGGGAGCUACGGCUGGUGCCAUCAUGAUGGAGUGGAAUGUCCAUAAGUCCGGCCAAGGCUCUGCAGGCCUAUGGGAUACCCAUUUCAGAGUCGGCGGUGCAGCUGGCACUGACCUCACUGUCAAAGAUUGCCCCAAGUUGUCUGGUAAAAUGUGGACUGCCGAUCACGAUUUCGACACUGCCGAUCAGACUCAGGUCGACAUCUAUGUUGGCAGAGUCGAACACUGUGUCCUGUACCAGUACCAGCUCUCUGGUGCGCAGAACGUCGUCAUGGGCCUCAUUCAGACUGAAACCCCCUACUUCCAGUCUUUCCCAGAAGCACCGGCGCCUUUCACACCAGGUGCUUUCCCCAACGACCCCAGUUUUCACAACUGCACUAAGACCUCCAAGUCUUGUGCUAUGGCUUGGGCCUUGCGCAUCAUCGAUUCUUCAGCUGUGCAUGUUCUUAGUGCUAGUCUUUACUCGUUCUUCAACCGUUACGAUCAGACUUGUCUCAAGUCCGGUCGUCAUGACUGCCAGGACAAGCUAUUCUACGCCGAACAGAGUUACGAUGUCUGGGUCCAGAACCUCGUCACUCUCGGCAGUAUCGAGAUGGUCAGUCCCUUGAACGGAGUUCCCACCCUUGGUAAGCCAAACAGAAACGGAUUCGCUUCUUCGAUUCUGGCCUGGCUUGGAGGUUCCAAGAAUAUCACCGGCCAGCGUACCUUUGAAGGCUACAGGAUCCAUACUGAGAAGACGCUUGACAUUAACCGUUUCCCCGAGGCCUAUCAGAAUGCUCUUACAUCUCUUAUACGUUAUGACAAUUAUACAGAGGAGUGGACAACGGCUUCAUACCACGGAGUUCUCCCUAGGGAGGUUGACGUCGAGUCUGUUUGCGACAAGGGCUGUGCACAGGCUAUCUCAGAUUGGCGAUCAGCCGUCGAUACCUACUGCGGUAAUGCGACGUGGCAUAAUGGUGCUGGUGCCGGUGUCUUAGGGUCUUUCGUUUCACAAGGUAUCAACGAGACAUGUCAAACAGACAAGACUGGAAAAUACUGCAAUGAUAUCAUCAACAAGUUCACCGUUGUCAACAGUAUCGACAAGAUACCAACCAACGAACUCUGUUCUGACUGCUACGUCGGUCGACUCAAGAUGAUGCAGGCUAGUCCCUUCUCGUAUUACAACCGAAAUUCUUUCUUCGAGAGUGCUCUGAAGCAAGCAGUCAAGCGUUGCUCGCUGUCGAAUCAACCCACCGCCGCCAAAGAUUCGCCUUUCCCCCCAGAGCCUUCCGAACCCGCCUUCUGUCUCUCUGAAGUCACAUACACCACCAAGGCUGGCGAUACCUGCGACUUUUUAGCCACCAAGUACAGCGUCUCUUCAGCAGCAUUAUUCAUAGGUAACCCCGGUAUUAUCAACUGCACCAACAUCGUCGAAGGAGUUAAUCUCUGUCUACCGCUCCAGUGCAAGACCUUCACGCUCGAGAAGGACGACAGCUGCAUGUCUGUCGCCGCAGUCACAGGACUUGAUCAGGGACACAUUCGCUCUUUGAACCCUUGGGUCCAUCCACUUUGCAACAAUCUUCAGGACGGCACCGAGACUCUCGGUCGAGUCAUUUGCAUUACACCGCCUGGUGGCAAGUACGAGCACGACGUGAACACCACCAACUCAGACCCGGCAUAUUCUGAGUAUGCUAACAAGGCUGUUUCACCACCCAGUGGAGCGACUCUGGCUGAUAAGACCAUCAAAGACUGUGGCCGAUGGUAUACCGUUCAAAAGGGAGAUAACUGCGCUGUAUUUCUGGUCCAGUAUCACAUCAGUCUUCCCCUCUUUAUACAAGCCAACCCUUCAGUUUCGGAGGGUACUUAUACCACCGAUCUUGUCCCAGGCCGAACUUACUGUGUCGGUCCAACCAAGGAAGCUUUCGCGGCCAAGCCUCAGUCCGUUCCUCCUUUCCAUCGCUUCGGAUGCUUUGCCCGUAAGGCAGACACUAAAAAUCGCACUGUCUUGACUCUCACCAAAGCCGAACACGUCAAGCCCAUGUCAAUCACAGCUUAUCAAUCCUUCUGUUUACAGCGGGGAUGGAGGGUUUGGGGAAUACAGAACGGCGACUCAUGUUUCUGUGACAAUCAGCUACGUAUAGACAGUCAAAUUGUAGAUAAUUCUAAGUGCAAUAUGCGCUGCAACGGCAACACCACGAAUGUCUGCGGUGGCAAAGACGCUAUUGAAGUCUUUAGCGAGGAUUCUGAUGAUCAGCUAUUGCCCGUAGAGUAUAGAAGUCUCGGUUGCUACGUGUGGGAAGAAGUGCCACCGGUGCGAGGCUUGGACCAAACUAAAAAUACUAUCCAGUCGGACGAUGACAUGUCUCCGCAUGCAUGUGCAAGUGCUUGCACUAUCCAGAUGAAGGCUGACUUCUGGGCUCUCUUGGGAGGGAAAGAUACUUCCUACUUGAAAGAAAAAAAGAGUCGUGAUUUGGCAUCGACAUGGCUGAUGCGCAUGGCCAAAGGGCAUUAA